CCUCACUCUGUCUCUCUCUCGCUCUCGCUCUCGCUCUCGCUUUCGCUUAUUAUUACUCGCCAAUAUUAUUAUUUGUUUAUUACAUUUAUUAUUUUCCCCUGUCUGAGAACUGCCUCUCCCUGCUCUAUUAAUCCCGUUCUAGGGUUCCGACUCUCCAGGCGUUCCGGCGACCCCGCGCUUUCCGGCUACUUCUCCGGCUCCGGUGUUCUUAUUCCGGUCCCGUGUCAGAAUCCGGUUGCAUUUUCGGAGCUCGAUACCUCUGCUUUCUUUGAUUUUUAGUUGCAGAGAUUGCCGGCCUGGGGCCUCUGCAUUUAUCUGAGCGAAUCCUCCUCCUCCUCCUGUUUUUAAACGCCGAAAAAUUGGAGGAAGUAGAUACUGGUUUACGAUUCCCGAGCAGCGAAUCCGAGAGUUUUUCGUUCGCUCAUUGUGUAAAAUUGCUCGGACAUUGUCUGUGCUCUCUCUCUGUGUCCAGAAUCUUUUUUUUUUUUUCAUCUUUAAGUUCGUUUUGCUGAUAGAUUAACGGAUAAUUUGAGAGCUCUGCUGCGCGUCACUUAGCUGCAGCUGUAGUUUGGUUUUCUCCAGCUUGUACAAUUUCAGUCUAAUAUUGGUAUUGAUUUGUUGUAGGGGCAAGAAAUUUCGCCUUUUCAGCUUCUGUUGUGUUCCCAUUUACAUAUAUACUUCUCUCGUUAUCCGUUUUGAUUUUUCAGCUGUGCUUCAGUUGAGCCCCUUCGAAUGGCUUCUUGGAAUUUUUGAAUCGCUGGGGACUGAAUUGAAAAUGCUGCUUAACCUCCUGGUUUUUCUUCUCAUUGCUCGGGCGGUGGGUGGAGACUGGAACCCGUCACUGAACGACGACGUUCUAGGGCUGAUCGCCUUCAAGGCGGACCUUCAAGACCCUGAAGGUAAGCUCGUAUCGUGGAACGAGGACGAUGAGAACUCCUGCAAUUGGGUUGGGGUAAAAUGCGGUGAUCCCCAAACCAACCGGGUCACUGAGCUCGUCCUUCAGGGUUUCUCUCUUUCGGGUCGGAUCGGCCGAAGCCUCCUGAAAUUGCAGUUCCUCCGAACACUAUCCCUAGCCGACAACAACUUCACGGGUUCCAUACACCCUAGUCUGGGUCGCCUUAGCAGCCUUCAAGUUCUUGACUUCAGUGCUAAUGAUCUCUCGGGAUCAAUACCGAAUGAGUUCUUUCAGCAAUGUGGGUCUUUGCGGGCUGUUUCAUUUGCAAGAAACAAUCUUUCAGGGCCGAUUCCGGAUUCUCUAAGCUCCUGCUCGGCGAUAGAGGAGGUUGAUUUCUCUUCUAACUGGCUUUCUGGCCCGUUGCCUUCUGGGAUUUGGUGGAUGAAGGGGCUUCGAUCUCUCGAUUUGUCGUAUAAUUUGCUUCAUGGUGAGAUUCCGGGAGGAAUCGAAAAUUUAUAUAAUUUGAGUGCAAUUAAUUUAGGGAAGAACAGGUUCUCUGGGCAGCUGCUCGAGGGCAUGGGAAGCUGUUUGUAUCUGAAAUCAAUUGAUUUUAGUGAGAAUUCUUUUUCCGGUAACCUGCCAGAGUCAAUGCGCAAACUUAGUAUGUGCACUUCUCUAAAUUUAAAUGGAAAUUCAUUGUCAGGUGAAGUCCCUGAUUGGAUUGGAGAAUUGAGUAGCCUUGAGACUCUGGAUAUUUCCGCAAAUAGAUUUUCAGGUCAGAUUCCGAAUUCAAUAGGAAGUCUUCAAAAAUUGAAGGAAUUGAACUUAUCCAUGAAUCAGUUUGUUCAGAUUUUGCCGGAGGCGAUGGCCAAUUGCAUUAGCCUGUUGGAUUUGGAUAUUAGCCAGAAUAUGUUGACGGGUAAUAUUCCGGCAUGGAUUUUUAAGUUGGGCUUAAGGAGCAUGCUGCUUUCGGGAAACAGGCUCACUGGAAGCAUCGAAUAUCCUGCUCUCCCAUCAAUGGAGACCUCAUAUCAAAGCCUUCAGGUUUUGGAUUUGUCUGCAAAUGCAUUAUCGGGCAGAAUACCACUCUAUAUGGGUAAUUUUAGCAGCUUGCUGUCCUUGAAUGUGUCCUGGAACUUUCUUAGUGGUCCUAUUCCAGUGAGCUUAGGUGACUUAAAAACGACUCAUGUUCUCGAUUUGAGUAACAAUUGGCUGAAUGGAAGCAUUCCAUCUGAAAUUGGAGGAGUCAUUUCAUUGAAGGAACUAAGGCUGGAGAGGAACUUCCUAAGUGGAACAAUUCCAACGCAGAUUGAGAAGUGCUCAUCUCUUUCCUCUUUGAAUCUAUCUCGAAACAAUAUCACAGGACCGAUUCCUGUGGCCAUUGCAAACCUCACCAAUCUCCAGAUUGUAGACUUGUCUUCAAACAACCUCUCUGGAAGCCUACCCAAAGAGCUGACAAAUCUUUCUCGCCUUCUCAUCUUUAACAUAUCUCACAACAACUUCCAAGGUGAACUACCUCUUGGUGGCUUCUUCAACACCAUCCCCUCCUCAUCAGUAUCUGACAAUCCAUCUUUAUGUGGUUCUAUUGUCAAACGCUCCUGCCCGUCUGUCCAUCCCAAGCCCAUCGUCCUUAAUCCAAACUCUUCUUCAGACUCCAGUGGGCACCCAUUCUCACCAAAUCCUCAACACAAGAGGAUCAUACUCAGCAUUUCAGCUCUCAUUGCGAUCGGUGCAGCUGUUUUCAUUGCCAUUGGUGUGGCAGCCAUUACUGUCCUCAAUAUCCAUGUCCGUUCUUCUAUGUCGCGCUCUGCUGCUGCUGUCACUUUAUCUGGUGGGGACGAUUUCAGCUGUUCUCCCACCACUGAUGGCAACUAUGGAAAACUUGUUAUGUUCUCUGGUGAUGCGGACUUUGUUGCUGGGGCACAUGCACUGCUAAACAAGGACUGUGAACUUGGUCGUGGUGGGUUUGGGGCUGUUUACCGAGCAAUCCUUCGAGAUGGGCGCUCAGUUGCCAUCAAGAAGCUCACUGUCUCCGGCUUGAUCAAAUCCCAAGAAGAGUUUGAGAGGGAAGUGAAGAAACUUGGAAAGAUCAGGCACCAAAAUCUUGUCGCACUUGAAGGGUAUUACUGGACCCCAUCCCUGCAACUCCUCAUUUAUGAAUACAUCUCCUGUGGGAGUCUGUACAAGCAUCUUCACGAGGAAUCAGGCCAAAACUGCCUUUCUUGGCGGCAGAGGUUCAGCAUAGUUCUUGGUAUGGCAAAAGGCUUGGCCCAUUUGCACCAAUUGAAUGUAAUUCACUAUAAUCUCAAAUCAACUAAUAUUUUGAUAGACAGCUCUGGUGAACCAAAGGUGGGAGAUUUUGGUCUGGCUAGGCUAUUGCCCAUGUUGGACCAUUAUGUUUUGAGCAGCAAGAUUCAGAGUGCACUUGGCUACAUGGCUCCUGAGUUUGCUUGCCGAACAGUGAAGAUAACUGAGAAGUGUGAUGUAUAUGGGUUUGGGAUCCUGGUUCUCGAGGUGGUGACAGGGAAGAGGCCUGUAGAAUAUAUGGAGGACGAUGUGGUGGUGCUUUGUGAGAUGGUGAGGGGAUCACUGGAGGUCGGAAGGGUGGAGGAGUGUGUCGAUGUGAGGCUGCAGAGGAAUUUUCCGGCAGAUGAGGCAAUCCCAUUGAUAAAGCUUGGUUUGAUAUGUGCAUCUCAGGUGCCAUCGAACCGGCCAGAUAUGGGAGAGGUGGUCAAUAUUUUAGAGAUGAUCCAAUGUCCUUCAGAAGGCCAGGAUUUGGAAUGAGUUUUAACUUGUAGAGAUUGGAAAAAGCAAAAUAUAUAUAAUGGGUUUUCCGGCGAAGUGGAAUCCGGUAUGUCCUGCUAGUAGAAGAAGAAGAAGAUUGUUGAAGGUUCUUUUUUCGACCUUCUUUCUGUUUGUUGUUUUGUGUUUUUCGGUUUCUGUUUGUAGUUCUGUUGCAGUUAAUCUUACCGGAUUCCUUUUCACCGGUUCCAAUUUGGGGACCCUUUUGGAUAUUGUUCUGAUGAUGAUAUUUCUUUCUAUAAACCACAGCUGCUGAAUCUGUUUUGUGUGUUU